AAAGCAACCAAUUAAUGUUAUGACUAUGACGAAACAACCCAUGGAGCACAUUAAGAGACCAAUGAAUGCCUUCAUGGUUUGGUCCCGAGGUCAGAGAAGACAGAUGGCAGCGGAGAACCCAAAGAUGCACAACUCCGAGAUCAGCAAGAGACUCGGCGUCGAGUGGAAAUUGCUCUCCGAUUCUGAAAAAAGACCGUACAUCGACGAGGCCAAAAGACUGCGCGCGCAACACAUGAGAGAGCAUCCCGACUACAAAUAUCGACCACGACGCAAACCCAAGAGUCUAAAGGACAAGGUUUUUAUUGUGCCACACCACGACGGUGGAGACUUUCAAAACACAUCACCUGGGGCCACGGUGGCUCCUACAAAGAAGCCACGAUCUCUCCAUUUAGCUGCGUCCGUGGAACCGAACCUGACCAAUGUGACUGCUUUUCAAAACGAUCAACUUUUCCCACAUGUUUUAACACCUGGUUCGUUGCCUUUCCCUCAGGUUUUAGGAUAUCAGAGUGAAAACAGGUCCACUGGGAGUCUGGGAUAUCCCGAUCAGCACGCGCACCUGUCACCUGCAAACCCGGGAUACCUGCUGUCAUGUAACUGUUCUCCGUGGUCCCCCAGUUUGACGACUUCAGUUGCCUACAUAGUUUUUCCAGGUAUGACGGGAAUAAACCCUGGAGCGCCGCUAAAUCCAUGA